AUGUGUAUAAGAGACAGAUGUAGCAUNACACCACCACCACACGUGCACUACCUACACACCACCACCACACGUGCACUACCUACACACCACCACCACACGUGCACUACCUACACACCACCACCACACGUGCACUACCUACACACCACCACCACACGUGCACUACCUACACACCACCACCACACGUGCACUACCUACACACCACCACCACACGUGCACUACCUACACACCACCACCACACGUGCACUACCUACACACCACCACCACACGUGCACUACCUACACACCACCACCACACGUGCACUACCUACACACCACCACCACACGUGCACUACCUACACACCACCACCACACGUGCACUACCUACACACCACCACCACACGUGCACUACCUACACACCACCACCACACGUGCACUACCUACACACCACCACCACACGUGCACUACCUACACACCACCACCACACGUGCACUACCUACACACCACCACCACACGUGCACUACCUACACACCACCACCACACGUGCACUACCUACACACCACCACCACACGUGCACUACCUACACACCACCACCACACGUGCACUACCUACACACCACCACCACACGUGCACUACCUACACACCACCACCACACGUGCACUACCUACACACCACCACCACACGUGCACUACCUACACACCACCACCACACGUGCACUACCUACACACCACCACCACACGUGCACUACCUACACACCACCACCACACGUGCACUACCUACACACCACCACCACACACACACGCGCGUGGCCACCCAGUGCGGUACCACCGUGGUUGUCCAGCACCGGCACCUUUCAUCCUUGCUACGUACGGCCGCUGGACGCAUCAAGUUGAAUCCGGUGCUUAUGUCAUAG